GUGGAAGACGGGACCUGAAAAGGAACAACUACAAGAUGGAUCGUGUUUCUUGUAGAUGAUAGGUCAGAGGUUGCAUGCAGUGGGUUUAUCGCUAUCUGACAAGUAACGAGAUAACAGCCAGGUGUUACAUGGGGAUGUGGAAAAACCUGAAAGAGGAAUAAGGAAUACUUGCUGUGGCAUUUUUAGGGAACGUCUGCAAACAGUGCGUCUGAGACAAUGGAGAAGUUAGCAGGGAGUGAAACUUCUUGCUUAGAUGGUUGGAGCCAGGGAUAGGGGGAGGGAAAGGCUGCCUUGUGCAGAGGAUGAGGGAAUCUUCCUGUCCCCAGCUGAUACAAGGAGAGGAAAGGGGGGUUUUCCUGGAGCCUUGGAGACGUGACAAAUGACAUGCCGGGCUCUUGUCGAUUAGCAUUUGUGAUUGCACUCAGAGCCAGGGUGGAAGGCACUCAGCCAUUCUCAGUACUUGCAGAUUGGACUCUUUUAUCUGCCAGCUCUCUGAGAUACUGAGCUUGCAGUCUCCCUGUCACAGGGAUAGUCGUGGCUCCUUGUUGGGCAGCUUGUCAAGGAGGGCAGGAGAGGAGCUCAGCUGGAUCCAAGCCAGCGCCAGCUGGGGGGUCAUGUCUGCAUACCUCCUGGGCAGGGGCCCUGCGUGUUUGGGAAACUACAAGAGAAGUUGAACAUUUGCUUCAGCUGAAGAGAAUGUUUCCCAAGUCUUGGGCGGAAAGAGGGAAAGAGAAUGGAGUAUGUUGCUGGUAGGUAUGUCUGACAGGAAGCCAUGACUAGCAGUGUGACUGUCAACAGGAAACAAAACUUCACUGCCGAUGUGAUGCUGACGUGCAGCACACUUACUGUGUCGUGUUGCCAGCUGAACUCUGUGACCUGGGGAGCACUGUUUGACUACACGAGGUAUUCUGUAUAUCCGUCUGCAAGAGUGUGAAUUGCUCUGAAUUGCUCUGAAUUACUCCACCUUGCCGAAGCGAGCGAGCCCUGUCUUUUUUUCUCUUGACACCUGCUCCUGUGAAGACAUCCAGCAGCCAUGUGCAGAGACGUGUAUGUGUGAGCCACCCUCACAGCAGCUGCAGAGCGCUCUGCAGAGCACAGACAGCUUCGAGGUGUCUUGGCCAUUCAGUGCUCUGCAGAUAUGAACGCUGAGCUUUUCUGGCACGUUCUCACGUUGGCCUGGUCGCUCUCACCAUGCUAGUACAUGGGAAAGAAGACUUCCUCUCAGACAUAGCUUACAUCAUCCUGGAACUGAUCAUUGCGGUGCUGGCCAUCCUGGGGAACGUCCUGGUCUGCUGGGCUGUCUAUUUGAACAGCAACCUUCAGAACGUCACCAACUAUUUCGUGGUGUCCCUGGCUGCUGCUGACAUUGCGGUGGGAGUGCUGGCAAUCCCCUUUGCCAUCACCAUCAGCACUGGCUUCUGUGCCUUCUUCUAUGGCUGCCUUUUCAUCGCCUGCUUCGUCCUGGUCUUGACACAGAGUUCCAUCUUCAGCCUCCUUGCUAUCGCCAUCGACAGAAUCAUUGCGAUCCGCAUACCCCUCAGGUACAAUGGCUUGGUGACGGGCUCUCGAGCCAAAGGUAUCAUUGCCAUUUGCUGGGUAUUAUCUUUCAUCAUUGGCUUGACACCAAUGCUAGGGUGGCACAAGCGUUCCCAGAUUGAUGAGCUGGGUGCUAAUAAGUCCUCUCCCAUCAACUGCAGCAACAGUAUGGUAGCCUGUCUCUUUGAGGCUGUGGUCACCAUGGAGUACAUGGUCUACUACAACUUUUUUGCCUGCGUGUUGUUGCCUCUUCUCCUCAUGUUUGGCAUCUACUUGAAAAUCUUCAUGGCAGCCCGACGGCAGCUCAAGCAGAUGGAGAACAAGAUGGUGCAUGGGGAACGCUCACGGUCCACUUUGCAGAAGGAAGUCCACGCGGCCAAAUCUUUAGCCAUCAUUGUUGGGUUGUUUGCAGUCUGUUGGCUUCCACUACAUAUUAUUAACUGUUUCACCCUUUUUUGCCCAAAUUGUGCUCAUGCUCCCCUCUGGCUGAUGUAUCUGGCCAUUAUCCUGUCUCAUGCCAACUCGGUUGUAAAUCCUCUAAUUUAUGCCUACCGAAUCAGGGAAUUCCGAUACACCUUCCGUAAAAUCAUCAGCCAGCACAUCCUGGGGAGGAAAGAGCAGUUCAAGGCAGGAACAGCCAGCAUUAGGACUUCCACGCAUGGUGGGGAUGGAGAGAACGCCAGCAUACGAAUCAGUGAGUAUGCGUUAGAAGUAUACACGAAUGGAGAGAUCCACAGGGAUCCUGAAAAGCAGGACUUAAACAAAUGCAAAGCUGUCUUGGAAUGGCAUCAGAAUGGAAAUGCUCUGGACAUGGAGACAAAUGGGCAUCUCCCACGUUCCUGCAAAAAUGGGAUUCUCUCAGAUGCAUGUGUGAACAGGGAGCUUCACCAUGAAGAGUUAAUAGAUGCCCAGGUGUCUUUCUCAGAUCUAGAAAGCACAGCCUUUGCAACAGCUGAUGUUUCCUGAUGAAUCGUUCAUGGUCUUCCUGGUAUAAUUAUUUUAUUUUCCAUGGGCGGCCUCUGCCACGGUAGAAGGUGAGGCUGGGGGGCGGGGGGAGAGAUGUGUAUUCAAGUUACUGUGGAGAAGGGGUUCUUACCCAGGACUGUUGUGGCCAUCCUAAAUACUAGACUGGAGAAAAAGCCAAGAGACCAUUGAAACAGACUGAGAAAGGAGGGAGACGUUAUCCAUCGAUGACCUGUCACCAAGAGCAGUGGCAGGAUCAAAGAUAGCAUUCCAGAUUGAGCACUGGGAGACUGCUGAUGCAGGACCUAUCGUGAUAUUAUGCUGUACUGUGUUUCUGUGGUUGUAGGUCUGUUUUGCUGUCUUUACCAACAGAAAUAAAACCAUGGCUGAAAGCAUUGACUUGAUUGUAAAGAGCAACAUGGAGGAGUGUCUAAUUCUUUGGCCCUGCAACAAAUAGAAGGAAGAUAGCAACAUCUAUUGGUCAGGAAGGAUGCCAUCAGCUGCUUGGACAAGAAAGGAAUUUACCUGAUGGGAGCUUUGGAUACCUUCAACCAUGACAUUUUGUCUUUCAUUCAUGUUUUUAAAGCUUAUACUGCAACAGGUUGCUUAGAUGUUUUUUCUUGUCUUGAUUAAAUUACGUUAUGUUAAGUUAUAAAGAUGAACAAGAACUCAUAUCCAUUCCCUGGGCACUCAGUGUUCCAGAUGCACAAGACAAAUGUAACCUCAUAGCUCUCCACCCUAUCCAGCAAAUAAUGAAAAUAGACUAAUAUGGAGUUCCCUUGGCAAAAGGACAGUCAGCAGGACUUGGUGCUAGAGCAUGGAUGAUCUUUGUCACCAGGGGUGGUCAUGCCCUGAGGUGCUGUGGAGAGUCAUCAGGUGUGAGGUGUCUGUAGGCUGGUGGGCACUGACUACUGCUUUUUCCUCAGUGUCUAUGUCUGCCCUGGGUUCCCAGAGUGCAAAUUAAUUCUGUGGUCCAAAGUUGUCACUCUCACUCAGAAGGCUGUGGGACACUUUUUUUGUUGUGUUUUUGAUGGGGAGGCAGGGUGGGGAAUGACACAAGAUGAGUUAUACCUACAUACUUUUAGUAUCCCAGCUCUGUUUGAACAUCUUUUUCUCCUGUGGUUUCAGUUGUUUCCUGAUGUGCUUUACUGUGAAGCCUGAUGUGUCCCAGCAGUGCAGAGGCCAACAGAUCUCUGUCUGGUUAGAAGACACUCUGAGGAGCUGGAAGCAGUCAGUGUUAGUAGAAGUCUGCUUAGAAACUGAAGUAGUAUGUAUAAGAGAACAGGCAAAUCUGCUACAACAAAGGUAUGCACUGAUAUGAUUUGUCAUAGUGAAGUUUCACAGCAGUUCAGUAAUUUUCUGUAUCACCUAUGAAGCUGUGGUAGCUCAGGGACAGCAGAGUGCCAUGUUAGCUUGUAUUCUAUCUAAAUGUUUUCCAGUCUUACCAGUUUUAUUUGAAAAAAGCUUUCUUUUUCUCCAGUCAGUUUGAAUGCAGGUGAGGAAUGGUUUAUAAUACUGAAUGCGUCCAAAGUAUGUGACUGCUCUAAGCUGGCAAUAAGCUUACUGUGAGGUGGGUAAAAGGAUGCAUUUGCCACCACAAUCUUUAGCAGAAGGACAGGGAAGUAUAUAGAGCAGUGGACUCCACAGUUUAAUUGCACUGCUGCUUUCUUGGCAUGGCUCUACCAUGUAGUCUAACAUCAAAGGUGUAGAUUAUCACUCCAGCAUCAUUAGCAAAUACAUGGCCAUUUCCCUAUGACUGAUGCUGUAGGCAGGCCCUCCCUCUGCAGGGUGACUUGGGAUCUUGUUGCUCUUUAUCUUCCUUGAUGGAAUAUUUCUGUCGGCUCUGUGCAGGAUGACUCCUCUGGCCUCCUGAAACAGCAACAGAGGAAUUCAGUCUGAAAAACGGGGAUCUGAUCUCCUUAGGCCUCAGCUGGGAGCUGAAAUGUUUCUAAGAAUAGCACAAGAUUACAUCCGGUAUUCAUGUCAAUAACAAUUAGGUUCACAAAGAAGCAGAGCAGGGAAGGAAGUGUGGGAAAAUACCAGUGUCGCUCAUGUGCUGGAACACAGGCAAGUGCAGAAGUGUCUCCUAUUGAGCUUUAGUUGCAAUUGUAAAGGGAUGUUUUAUGUCACGUUGCAUCAGACUUUCAACAGCUGAUGUAGGUUGGUUGCUUUCUAUUGUUUCCUGAGCUUCUUCACACUCAAUUGCGGGUUCUUCUUGGUUGCCACAAGAAUCGAAUUGAUCUAUAUUGAUGUGACCCAAUUAAGAUUGUCCCUUUGGAAAACUACCCUGCCCAACCAAAGUAAGAUUGCCAAGCAAACUUAGAGUUUCCAGAUGUCCUGAAAUCAGUUUUUCUGUCACUGUUUGAGUUGCCUCCCAAGUGUAUCCGGUCCCUUUCAAUAUUAAUGAUCUAGAUUUCAAACAAAAAGGGACCAGGGGAUGUGUGUAGGAGGAUGUGCAGUGGUUGUAAGGAGGCAGGAUGUUUUGUGUGGAAUUAGAAGUCUGUAGUCUGCAGGAAGGAGUGGAUGGCCAAUUGCAUCACAUGCUGUGUGCCUUCUGGCAAACAUAUGUCUGAGAUGGACCUUCAGAAGAUGUUUCUGAAGUUGUUGGGGAGAGCGUGAGCCUUUUGAACAGAAUUUUGAAAUUCUUCUUUCUCGUUUCAUGAUUUCAAGGCUUCCUUCCUUUUACUGAAAAAAUAACUUUUAGCAUCCCAUGAAUAAAAUGUGCUCUUGAGAAAUGCACCUCUUCCAAAAUACAGAGCAAGACUCAUUUGACAAGUUAAAAUUCCACAUUUUUUUCCUAACUUUCCUACUCAUAUUCCCAUUUUCCUUCCAGAUGGGGAUUUAGCUGAUGAAAUAGCUAUUCUGGAUAAACAAAGGUGGUGCAACACAAAGGGAAGAAUGAGGUGACCAUCAGGAGAGUAUAGAGAAGAUCUCCUUAGGAAUCCAAGGUGCAGUGGGUGCAGAGAGUAAGAGCUGGGGUAAGAAGAGACUAAUUUCACUGAACUGAAACGUAUUACUAAAAAUGGCUCAAAACCCAUAGAGAGAUGCAGUGCCUCGUUUGGUAAGAGGGCAUUCCAUGAAUUUCACCAUUCCCCUGAGACUCCGAGGCUCCAGGGUUUGUCUGCUCUAUAGGGUUUUGGAGAAAGUAAAAUUCUGAUCAGUUGCCAGGAGUAAUUUUAUCACACGGAGUUCUAAGGUCUUUUUCCUCAGCAGGACACUGCUUUUUGUGUGUGCAAAAAAAAAAUGCACUUAGAAUUUUGUUCUGUGCUUUCUUUUGGAUUGGCAGUAUCUGAGUUCUGUGCAAGCUUGAACUGCAGCUUUUGAAUGGAGCCAAGUGAGAUGAAAAGGAGUUGUGAUGAAGCUGACACUGGUUUGACAGAGGGCAUGGUAGGACAGUUGGGGUAAUGUAGACAGAAAGGACUUGCCACUGGUCCUAGCUGGUGCUAGCAAGCUUAUUGUACGGGCAAGUCUGGGAGUUACAUGAAGUACUCUGAAUCUUUGAUCUUUCUUUGAAAAUAAGCUCUGGGAGAUGCUGCAGGGUAUAGGAAAGUCUCUAAGGUGUAGGAGGGUGUUAGGGUUUGAUGGGAAAUCUUGAUGUGGAAGGAAGAUUUGUAGGGUAUGUGUUUGGGAGGAUAUCAUGGGAGCUGGUGAAUGUGCUGGGAAGAGCUGAGGUUUGCACUGAUAGCCUCAGUGGAAUGGGGAUGGCUGAAUAAGGUCUCUGGAAGGGAUUCAUAGUCUUAUGGUGCUCCUGGGUCACUGCAGGGGGUUGACUUUGUCUGGUUUAUAUGUGACUGAUGAAGACCUGUUUUUUUUCUGGAUUAUCUCAUUUUUAGAUGCAUUGUCUCAUUUCAUAAGCACAGUCAGCUGAAACGAACCCUUUUACUUCAUGAGCAUCACCCACACACACCAUCCUACCUCUUAAAAAAAGUCAAUUCAGCCAUGCUUUGUGGGAAGGACAAGCCUACUGUAACAGUUGUGAUGCAUUGAAACUGUAGAAUAUUCUCUAGAGGUGUUUGGUACAUUAGCUGCCUAAUAGUUCUUUCCUGUUUGUUUUGGGCAUCAGACUACUCUGAGGCAGACCAAGGAGCUUUGUCUUUCUAGCACUGAGCUUCUGACCUUUUUUACAGUAAAACAUAUCAAGAGUAACUAAAAUGAGAACAGUUCCUGAUUUGCACAAGGCAACUAAACCCUAAAUGAGGCAGGGUUCUGUAUAGCUUCCUGUGUUAUUCGUCUGCUGGGACUCUUAACACAAGAUUGUGUUGCAUUCAAGACUGGAACCUGUUGAUCUGAGAACAUCCUUUGCUUCCCCUGUUCUGUCUCAGGUGUUUCUGCCCGUGUUUCUUUGGAGGGUUCUCUCUAUGGUCUGUCAGCUGAGACACUACGAACACCUGAUGCACGUGCUGUCACUAAGAAACACUCUUUUAAUUUAAAUGUUUUGCAAAUAUUGUUGUUGUUUUCCCUCUGUUUGUCAGUUACCAGUGGGAGGGGAGGGAGAAUCUGUGCAUGCAUCUGUAUUUAAAGUGCAUUGACCAAAGUUUGUUUUCUUUCUUGAACCUGUGAAGUUUUUAAUAUCUGUGAAGUCAUCAGACUGCUGGGCAAUGAGGAGCCACUGGUGCUGCUGAGUCUGUCUUGGUUACAUUUCUUAAUAAACAUUCAAAUAAUAAAAUAUAUUUGUAAAAGUGA